GUCCCAUGUUAGUCUAGUUCAUUCAUUGGGUAGAUACUACGGAAUCUGAGAACUUGAUCUGACAACGUGACCACAUCAUGUCUCCAUCACCGCACCAAAACGAGCCUAUAGCUAUCAUAGGGUCGGGAUGCCGCUUCCCAGGAGGAUCAAACUCGGGUUCCAAGCUCUGGGAGCUUUUGAAGAAUCCACGAGAUGUUUCACAGCCCAUUGGGGGUGCUGGCCGGUUCAAUGAAGAACGCUUCUAUCACCCCGAGGACGGUCACAACGGCACCACCAACACGCAGAGGGCCUACCUCUUAUCGGAAAACUUUCGUCAUUUCGAUGCCAAGUUCUUCGCCAUCCCGCCGGGUGAAGCCGAGGCCAUCGACCCGCAGCAGCGCCUCUUGCUCGAGGUGGUGUAUGAAGCUGUCGAGGAGGCUGGACUCACCAUCAACGGCCUUUCGGGAUCGGACACGGCAUGCUAUGUUGGCAUUAUGUGCCAAGAUUUCUUCACGGUCCAAUCUCAGGAUGUCUUGUCGGUUCCGAAGUAUGCCGUCACGGGCAUUGCUGCCAGUAAUGCGUCGAGCCGAGUGUCUUACUUCUUUGACUGGCACGGACCGUCCAUGACCAUUGACACUGCAUGUUCUUCCAGCAUGGUAUGUGUCAACGAGGCCGUCCAGGCCCUCCGAAAUGGCACCAGCCGGGUCGCCGUGGCCUGCGGCACAAAUUUGCUGCUGUCCCCUUUUAUGUAUAUCGCGCUGAGCAAGGUUGGCAUGGUGUCACCCACAGGCCGUUCUCACAUGUGGGACGAAGCAGCCGACGGGUAUGCGAGAGGUGAGGGUGUCAGCUGUGUUGUAUUAAAGACACUUAGUGCCGCAAUUCAGGACGGAGACGAUAUUGCAUGUGUUAUUCGCGAGAUUGGGCUAAAUCACGACGGCAAAACCAAGGGACUGACCAUGCCGAGCGCCGAAGCACAGGCUGCCUUGAUUCGGGAAACCUACAAAAGAGCCGGUCUAGAUCCCUCAACCAAGUCGGGACGUUGUCAGUUCUUCGAGGCUCAUGGCACGGGCACGCCUACGGGUGAUCCAAGAGAGGCCGAGGCGCUUGAUGUCGCUUUUUUCCCAGAUCACGAUGCUGCUGAAGGGGAGUUGCUUGUUGGCUCCAUCAAGACUGUCAUUGGGCAUACCGAAGGCUGUGCCGGCAUAGCAGGUAUUUUGAAAGCCUGCUUGUCUCUUCGGCACGCCACGAUUCUCCCAAAUUUUCUUUUUAAUCGACUAAAUCCCGCUGUCGAGCCAUUUACCAAGUACCUUCGAAUCCCAACAGCAUGCGAACCAUGGCCGGAGGUACCCCAGGGACAGCCGCGAAGAGCCAGCAUCAACAGCUUUGGUUUUGGGGGCGCCAAUGCUCACUGUAUCAUCGAGAGCUACCAGCCCAGGGCUCGGGCUGUCAACGGCACGAAUGGCGAUCAUGACAAUGGCACCAUUUUGAAUGGUUCAGGACAUUCCCUAACCAACGGCGAUUCUGCAACCAAUGGGGACGCUGGAUAUAACAGGGCCCUCGCACCAACUCAAGUUCUGAUUCCGUUUGUGUUCUCUGCAACAUCGGUCAAGUCCUUGGUUGGCGUGAUGGAGAACCUGCGCGAGUUUCUUGAGCGCAACCCCGAAGUCCACCUGCCCAGUCUAGCGUACGCCUUAUGUACCAGACGCUCAGCGCUGUCGCUGAGGGGGGCUAUCUAUGCCACUUCGGCAGAACAACUCGGCCAAAGGAUACAGGAGAAGCUUGGAACGGCCGUCUCGGACCCGGGUGCCACCUCGCAUUCUGUGGCAGCCCUGUCGGCACCACCAUCGAUACUAGGCAUCUUCACCGGCCAAGGCGCACAGUGGUCUUCCAUGGGAUCAAAGCUCUUCACCGCAAACCCCAAAGCCCGCAAAGCACUCGAUAACCUUGAUGCCUCUCUCGCAAGGCUCCCAAUGUCCCACCGCCCCAGUUGGACUCUCGCCGAAGUACUCUCCGCAGAUAGUGAGUACGACCUGGGCGAGGCCGCCAUAUCGCAGCCAGUCUGUACUGCGGUGCAAAUAGUUCUAGUCGACCUCCUCCGUGCGGCGGGGGUCAAGUUCCGGGCCGUUGUCGGCCACUCGUCAGGCGAGAUCGCGGCCGCUUACGCUGCAGGCUUCCUAAGUGCUUGGGACGCCAUUCGGAUCGCGUACUACAGGGGCUACUUUGCCAAAUUUGCUGCAGGCCCAGAAGGCCAAAAGGGGGGUAUGGUCGCGGUUGGCACCGAUUUUGACGAUGCGUAUGAACUCUGCCAGACCGAUGACUUGGCUGGGAGACUCUGCGUUGCGGCGCACAACUCGCCAACCAGCGUCACGCUCUCAGGUGAUGUCGAUGCGGUCAAUUUGGCCAUGAAUGUGUUUGAGGAGGAAGAGAAAUUUGCUAGGGUACUCAAAGUGGACACGGCAUAUCACUCGGCUCAUAUGCAGCAAUGCUCGGCGUCGUAUCUGAAAGCUCUGAACGGACUCGGUAUUCAACCUCUGCAACCGGAUGACGAAGCGCCACAGUGGUUCUCCAGUGUUGACAACUCGAAAGUUGUGGCAAGUAUCGGCAAAGGUUUGGAUGGGCCAUACUGGGUUGAUAACAUGGUCAAACCGGUCCAAUUCUACCCUGCCAUCAAGACGUGUGUGGGAUCCAUUGCCGGAAGUCAAGCCAUCAAUUUCGCCGUCGAGAUUGGACCUCACCCUGCUCUCCGCGGGCCGGCCAAGGAGUCCAUGGUUGCUAUCACAGGCCAGGAUAUGCACUAUUCGGGCACUCUCCGACGCGGCUCUGACGACGUCGAGGCCUUUUCUGAUGCCCUCGGCGAAGUCUGGGCCCGUUUUGGUCCGGCGCACAUCACGCUUGGUGAUUUCCAGAAGACGUGUCGACCAGAUAUCAAAGUCGAAGCCGUUCGUGACUUGCCAGCGUACCCAUGGACCCACGAGGUGGAAUACUGGGCCGAGUCGAAGCGGGGCAAAGUUUUCACAACCCAGCCGGGGAGCUUCCACGACCUUCUCGGCCUGCGAGAGCCGGACGGCCUGGCAGACGAGCUGCGUUGGAGACAUAGUCUGAAUCUCAAUGACCUAAAGUGGCUAGCUGGACAUACGCUGCAAGGCCAGGUUGUAUUUCCGGCGACGGGCUAUAUCUGCAUGUUAGCCGAGGCGGCACUGCAAAUGGCUCAGGAUCAGCCGGUGGCGUGGAUCGACAUACUCGACCUCGAGAUCCGCAAAGCCAUUGCCGUUCACGAGCACCACGGAACUGAGAUCAUGGUUUCAUUGGCCAAGGUUGUUCCUGCUAUCCCUGACGGGACAACGGACACCAUGACGGCCAGCUUCAGCAUCUUUUCGGCCGCCAGCCGGGACUCGACACAAAUGGCGUUGAAUUGCUGCGGGAAUAUCCGUAUUUCUCUGGGCACCGAUUAUAUGUCUCGCUUUCCCGCAAGACGACCGCUGGUGCCGAGCAUGGUAUCCGUGGAAGUGGACAGGUUCUAUCAAGUCAUGCGAGAGGAGGUGGGCCUCGGUUCCGAUGGCCCGUUCAGGGGCUUGACUAGCAUCCUGCGCAGAGCCGGCCAUUCCACCGUCACAGCACGGAACGCGGCAUUUUCUAAUGCAGAGAAACCUCUUCUCUUCCAUCCAGCCAUGCUCGACUGUGCCCUACAGGGCCUUAAUGUCGCCUUUGCAACGCCUGGAGACGGCAGCCUCUGGGACAUUGUGGCCCCGACUUACUUCGGGCGUGUUACCCUGAUCCCGGAGCUUCUGAGGCAGAACAUGAACCAGGAAGAGGUGGCCGUUGACAGCACCAACACUGACGCCCGUGGCAUGACACCGACAGGGGAUGUUGAAGUGUACACGUCGGACUUUGUGCACAAGCUUAUUGAGAUGGAGGACGUCAAGAUUUCACCACUGGCCUGGCCCACAGCCGAGCACGAUCGAUUCCUCUUUCAGGAGUCGAUCAUGUGUCCUGACAAAUUGGAUGCAAUACUCUCCCGUGGGAACAUGCGAUUGACCCCUGAGGAGAAGGCCAAAGGCUACCACGCUGAAAGAGUGGCAUUUUACUAUUUACGGACGCUGUUCCAAACCACAACCCCCGAGCUGUGUGCGAAGCUGCCAAGGUACCGUCAAUGCCUGCUCGCCGAGGCCGAACGGCUCUACCACAAAGUGAAAAAUGGGGAGCACCCGUUCGCGGCGGCAUCAUGGGUUGACGAUACGAGGGAGUCCAUUUUUGCUCUACUGGAUACCUACGCUGAUGACGAUAUCGACCUGGGCCUGACCAAGACAGUCGGAGAGAACCUCCUGCGCGAGGAGGUACUCACAGGAGAAAUCAAUAUCCUCCAGUACAUGACGCGAAACAGCAUGCUAGAGCGUGUCUACAGCGAAUCAGUCGGAUAUCCGAUCCUAAACUCGGUUGGGACGGGCCUAAUGGCACAACUCUGCAAGAAGUACCCGCGAAUGAACAUACUGGAAGUGGGAGCGGGCACGGGCGGAACUACAGCCGGCAUCUUGGCCAACAUCGGCGAGGCCUACGCCUCAUAUACAUACACCGACAUCAGCAGCGCCUUCUUCGAGCGGGCGGGCGAGCGGUUCCGAGCUCACCGCCAUAAGAUGAUUUUCAACAUGCUCGAUAUCACCAAGGACCCGACCGCUCAGGGGUUCAAGCCCCAGGGCUACGACGUGGUUAUUGCCCAGAACGUGCUGCACGCGACGGCACCCCUGAGGGAUUCUCUCGCUCACGCCCGCCGUCUGCUAAAGCCCGGCGGCGUCCUUAUCAUCAUGGAGCUUGUGCGCAGCGAGGCCAUGCGUUUUGGAUUCGUGGUCGGCUCGCUUCCUGGCUGGUGGGUGGGUGAGGAUGACGGCCGGAAAGGGGGGCCCUUACUCACGCCUGCAGAGUGGGAGACGAUGCUUGAGGAUAAUGGCUUCGCCGUCGAGACCGUAUCGGAGGCGCUUGACCCUGAGGACAUUUGGGCUGUCAUAGCCGCGAGGGUGGUGGAUAGCCAGGUGGCUCCUCUGAUGAAACCGCUCAGCAAUGACGCUCUUCCUAUCGAAAGGCGAGGUCGUCUCCUGGUGUUGGGUGGCAAGCAAGCGACCGCUUUGAGCAUUCGCGAGCAUGUUACGGCUGUGCUUGAGCCCUACUUUACCGGUGAUGUAAUAUAUCUCGACGAUCUGGCCAACCUCGACCCAGAGACGGAGAUGCCUGAUGGACUGCACGUGCUCAUCCUCACCGAAUGCGAUGAGUAUCUGUGGAAGGAUAUGAACGAUACAGUCUUUGAGAAUCUCAAACGGGUACUCAUCAAAGCCGUCAGUGUGCUCUGGCUGGUCCGGGGUAGUCAGGAUACCAACCCGUAUGCCGCCGUCACACUCGGUUUCCUGCGCACCAUCUUCUACGAGUUACCCGAUACGAGGCUACAGACGCUUGAUAUCGGUACAGAAAUUUCCAAAGUAAAUCCUGAAAUGGUUGCACAGUGCAUGCUACGAUUGGGGCAUAUGGCUGAUAUGGAAGUACGUCAUGAGCUGGCACGCGUGCUGUGGAGUGUUGAGCCUGAGCUAUUCCUCAAGGAAGAUGGCAGGCUCUAUGUGCCCAGGCUGCGGUGUAGUGAGGAUCUGAAUGCACGGUACAACUCGUCUAAGCGGUUUAUCUCUCGCAAGGUAGAGGUAUCCCAGUCCAUGAAGCCUCUUGACCUGGUUUGGGAUGAUCGGGCCCGACUAGGCGUGGUCGACUUCAGGGGUUCGUACGUCUUGCGAGAGCAAAACGAGUUUGGAACGAGGCAUAAUUCUUCAGAUGAUGAAGGCAGCACUUUUGUCAGAAUUCGUGUGUCGUGUUCGUUCCUGUCUUCAUUGAAGACACCAGCCGGGUUCUUCUUCUUGUGUCUUGGCACAGAUAUGAAGACGGGGGCCAAGACACUAUGCUUCUCUGACCACCAAGCUUCCAUCCUCAACGUGCCCCGGUCGUGGGCGGUUCAUCUCGAGGGUGGUUCCGCGCUGGAAGACGUAGUCUUCAUGUCUUUCGCCGUGGUCGACCUGCUAGCCCGUCGGGUGCUGCAGUUCCUACCUCCCGCUGGCAGUGUCGUCAUCUUUGACGCCAAUCCCGUCGCCUCGGCACUGAUUUCUAAGCGGUUGACCGACCUGGGCAGCAAAGUCUUCGUCGUUACCUCACAACAGCCACAAAACAACGAUUCGGUCCCACCGGAACCUGCUCUCUACCUGCAUCCCCAUAGUCCCAAGAGGGUUAUCGAUGCCUCUUUACCGUCUGACGUGACGUUAUACAUUGAUGGCUCGGAUCAGUCUACCUCUUCCAUUUCCAGAAAGCUCGGUUCGAGGAUUGCCGCCUCGCUUUCCCCGGUCUGCGAGAAGGUCAAGUUGUCCAGCAUGAUGGGGCGGGAAGCCUCCAGUCUUUCCCCCACGGCACCUGAGACUUUGGCAACUCUUCUCCCAAGUGUGGCUGAGUUUGCUACGAUGUUCUCGCAACUCGGCCCCAUCCCCAUCGCGGGUGGUGCACCCAUCGACGUGCUCCCACUUUCACAGGUCUUGUCGUCUACUACCCCGGGCCCCAAACCGGAUUCGCUCGUGUACUGGCAGAUGGACCAGCACGUUCCCCUCGCAGUCGAGCCUGUGUACAUGCGCAAAGAUCUCUUUCGACCCGACCGGACGUACUGGCUUGCAGGCCUGUCUGGCACCCUCGGACGGUCCCUGGCCGACUUCUUGGCUGCCCACGAUGCCAGGCAUAUCGUCAUCAGCAGCCGCACACCCAAGGUGGACCAAGAAUGGGUGGAUUGGCACAGUAAGAGGGGGGUGACCGUGGCGUAUUUCUCAGGAGAUGUCAUUGACUAUGAGUCAGUCAAACAAACUUACUCUGAAAUCCGGAAGUGCAUGCCACUCAUCGGCGGGGUCGCCAUCGGGGCCAUGGUCCUCAUUGAUAGCACGUUCAUGACGCAGCGCUUCGAGGAUUUCCAGGCCAUCCUGCAGCCCAAGAUGAAAGGCACCAUCAAUCUGGACCGACUCUUCUCGGAACAGAUCGGUAACAGCGAGGAGCCCCUCGACUGGUUCAUCGGCUUCAGCUCGCUAGUGGCUUAUACGGGUAACCCAGGCCAGGCCGCCUACGGCGCGGGCAAUUGCUUCCUAAAAUCGCUCAUCCGAGACCGACACAAUCGCGGUCUCGCCGGCUCCACUAUCGACAUCGGUCGCAUGGCAGGUGUUGGAUACAUCGAGCGCGCGCUGACGUGGGAGUUUCAGGCCCGCCUGAAGUUGCGUUCCGGUACAUUGUCCAUGAGCGAAUCGGACCUUCACCAACUGUUUGCCGAGGCCGUCGUGGCGGGGCGACCAGGGUCGGGUCUUGACCCGGAACUCAUCGCUGGAAUCGGCCUUAUGAGGGGCGAGGAAGCCCAGGCUGCUUUCUGGAACAACAAUGCCAGGAUGAGCAUGAUGAUCCGCGAGGUUGGCAAUGCAGCCGCAUCUGGGAAUGACAGCGGUGUAGGGGGUGGUGUGCCCCUUAGGAAAUUACUCGAGGGCUCCAAGACCAUCAAAGAUGUCGGAAACGUCAUUAUUGGCGCCUUGAGGACCAGACUGCAGAUGCUCAAGUUCCUGCCUGAUUCCGACAGCCUGCACGACACCACCCCGCUCGUAGACUUGGGUCUCGACAGCCUCAUCGCCGUAGACAUGAGGUCGUGGUUCCAGAAGGAGCUUGCUGUCGAUGUGCCCGUCAUGAAGAUCCUCGGCGGCGCUUCAAUCGUUGAUUUGGUCGAUUCCAUCCUCGAGAAGCUCCCUCAGGACAUAUUAAGCCAGCUCGAUGGGACACCCAACAACAAGGUACCUAUUUUGGUGAGUGGCGGUAACCUGGCCAAAGAGGAUAUGGCGGCCAAUGAAGAGAUACCUGAUGUUCCCAACUCCAAAGACCUGCUGGGUGGGCAAGCUAUGAGCCAAGUCAAUGACCCCAACAGAGACGUGAAUGGUGAGCAAGAUAUAUAAGCAGAUAUUGAGAU